CUCUCCAUGAGAGAAUGAGUUUUGGAGCAAGGGGAAGUAUACUUAUCACUUCCUUACCACUUCACCACUUCCCCAGCCACCAUUAUUGUUCUGGGAAAGCACUCCUCAUCCAUGGCAUGCUCCUAUUCUUUCUUUUUGAUUUUUUGAUGAAAGAGUUACAAUAGUGGUGAGAAAGGAAUGGAAAAAAGGACAGAGAAAAUAAAUGUCUGCUGCUUCUGCGUGAUGUCUACAAAAACGUGUGAACAUCUGGAGGAAAUUUCCAUAUGGGUCUCGAUGAACUAUUGGCUGGAGUUAGGAUGCUUUCAUAUGAGCAGCAUCUCUCAGGUGAGAUUCGGAGUUUCUGAAGCUGGAGCUUAUGGAAUUCCCCAAUCUCGUCGACGAGCCAGCAUCUCCUGAUGAGACGCUCCUCGAAUGGCAUGUUUUUGCGGGCCUAGAGCUUAAAGUCAAUAACUAUGCUGCUGUUCGCAGUACAGCAACUGGUGGGCCAUUCCGUGCAAUAACUGUCAGAGACGCGAUUGGGGAUCUCCCAAAUAUUGGCAAUGGGGCUUGUGAAACAACCAUGGAGUUCCCAAGAGAAGCUUCAUCUUGGUACCAAAGGAAGUUUCGAGGAGAUAUGUCAAUCCUAACAGAUCAUAUCUCCAAGAAAAUGAACGAGCUGAAUCUCAUCCGAUGUAAAAAAAUUCCAAAAUUUCGAGGAGAUGUCAAUCCUAACAGAUUAUAUCUCCAAGAAAACGAAUGAGCUGAAUCUCAUCCGAUGUAAAAAAAUUCCAAAAUUUCGAGGGGAUAUGUCAAUCCUAACAGAUCAUAUCUCCAAGAAAAUGAACGGGGCUGAAUCUCAUCCAAUGUAAAAAAAUUCCAAAAUGACCAGGAGCUGAUUGGCAUGAGAUCAAGAAUGGAAAGGUUUUUCUGUUCACAGGGCAAAUAGCUAAACUAACACCUCCUUGGCUGCUGAACUUGGCCAAAAGGCAUAAUCAGUGGAAAGGUACUUUGAAGGUUGGACUGGGUAGGACAUUUUUCCAACCUCUAAUACAGAUCCUCAACCAAUGGGUAUGGUUGGAAUGUGUUUUCACCCAGAUCAGGACAGGAUACUUUUUGUUCGGGAAUGUGCUCAAACUCAAGUUUUUUCUCCAAUAAAUGGAAUCAAUGAAGCAGUUGGAGUAAAGUUUAAUAAGAGAUGAUCAUUUACUCUUAUGAGGAAGCUUAGGUGAUAACCAUGCUCCCAGAUGGAAAUGACAAAAAUAAGAAGAAAAUCAAUGCCUGCAGUUUCUGCAUUUGAGAGAGCAGAUUCCCGGGCCAACCACCAAAGCAAGAAGAAGAUAAACAGUUCUGAAGACGGUGAAUAUGCUUCUGGUUCUGGUUAGAUGCCCAAGUGAGCUGCCACCUGCUUGGUUUUAAGGAAAAAAAACUGUGUUUUGGCCCAGAAAACCUUCUGUUGUUGGAACUAAAAGGGAACUCAUGUAGGAGGAUGAGAUCACUUCUCUAGGCUUAGGAUUGAGUGGAAAAUUAUGGAACUCCAUGGACUGAUAACACUUCAACAACUUGCAUACUGUCCCGAUGACACUAUCAGGAAGUAUGCUUCUGGGACUAGUCUUUAUAAUCAAAUGAUGAAAAAGACAUCAUACGGAGUAAUUAGUGAAGAAAGAAGUGAUGUUAAAGAAGAAAGUGAAUUUGAAUCCAAGCACAGCAAUGGCACAUCUGGUAUCAAAAUUGAAAGCAAUGUCAGCUAUGACAAUAAAGCUAGUCAACAUAAUCCAAGGAGAUUUUUCACUCGGGGGGAGAAAAUACUUGUUGUUGAGAAAACAGAGAAACCUCAUUCGGGCAUCAAGACCAAUGAAAAAUUGUUCUCCUACCAAGAAACUUCAUGGAUGGAGUUCCGGAAGACAAAACCUAGUGGCAAGGCUCAUUAUAAACAGGCUAUCGCUUGUGGAGACUUGGUUGCUGUAGGUGAUUCAUUGAUAGUGGAAACAGAUGACUCACAUGAUAUUCAUCCUUAUUGCCUGUGGAGUAUGUUUGAGAACUCAGAUGGAAGACAAAUGGUUCAUGGCAGAGUGAGGCAGGGAGGAUUUCAGACAGUUCUUUGCAACAUCAGUGAGGAGACGGUAAUUCUAACCAAUGAUUGCAAUUGUAUCGAAACUCACAGAUUCAAACAGUGUUCAGGGAACCUGAUUGAUACCUUGGAGUUAUCAGCGUUAGAAGGCUAAUGCAAAUAAUGAGAAGAUUGACACUGCCAGAUAAGAGGAAUAGAGGAUUGCCUAUGGAGUACUACUAUUGUAGAAGCCUGUAUUGCUUAUGGGGUAUUGGAGUUUGGUGGAUUUUCAGAUCAGAGGACAUGUCAUCCGCAAUAGAAGAUAUGUCUGACAUCCAAGAAGGAUGGAAAAGGCAAAAAAAGGUGAAACAAUGCUUGCAGUUUUUGAGUCUGAUGAUGCAGAAUCCAGUGUUGGGGCAACCACCAAACCAAGGCAGAAGAGAUGCAGCUCUGACAGCAGUGGAAGUGCUUGUGGUUCUAGGAAGAAGCCAAAGAAAGCUUCCAGGCACACUGAUUGUAAGAACAAAUCUGUUUGUUUGUUAAGAAAAUCUUCCGUAAAUGGAACUAAAAAGCAGCCCAUUGAGAAGGAUGAGCAAGUGGCUGUGAUGUCAACUACUGGGGAAAAUAUUCCUAGGCCAAACAGGAGGCUCACGAACUUUGUUUUUUAUGAUUCAGAUGAACGACCACAGCCGGUUGAAAUGUUAGAAAUAUGUAAUAUGUACAUUGCAGGUACAAUAUUGCCUCUGGAUGAAAGUCCUGAUGAGGAGAAGGAAAAGGGUAUCAGAUGUGAACAUUUUGGGAGGCUGGAAUCUUGGGCAAUUUCCGGAUUUGAGGAAGGUUCACCAGUUAUUUGGGUCUCUACUGAAAUUGCAGACUACGAAUGCAUUGAGCCUAGGAAUGGCUAUAAAAGAAUAUAUAAGAAUUUCUAUGAGAAAGCCCGUGCCUGUAUUGAAGUCUACAAAAAAUUGUCAAAAUCUUGUGGAGGAAAUCCCAAUAUGAGCCUUGAUGAACUGGUAGCUGGAGUUGUUAGCUCCAUGGCUCAAGGUAGGAAAUUUUUGUCAGGGUUGUCUAUUGAAAGCUUUGUUAUCUCACAGGGAGAGUUUAUCCAUGAUCAACUGAUAGGUUUAGAUGAGACAUGCAAGCAAAACGAUCACGUAUUCAGUGAGUUGCCUGUACUUGCUGCUCUCCGGGACAAAAAGGGAAAGAGUAAGGGUUCUUUGCCUGGGAAGGCAAUUGCAUCAGGUAGGGUGCCAAAACGAAGCCUUAGAAUUAGUGAUGAAGAGAAGAAAAAUGAAACCAAAAGGAAAGUAAUGUCAGCUACAACAACAAAACUGAUCAACAGAACCUGGGGAGAGUACUACUCCAAUUACUUGCCAGAAAAAUCAGAGGGGGGACGUGGUUUUCAAGUGAAUGAGGAUGAAGAAACAGGGAACGAGGAUGAAGAAACGGGGAAUGAGGAUGAAGAAACAGGGAAUGAGGAUGAAGAGAUGGGGAAUGAGAAUGAAGAAGAAGAAGAAAAUAUGGAAGUAGAUUCUGAAGUUGAAGAGGAGGAAACGUUGCUUCUUGAGAAAAUUAAGAAACCUCAUUCAGCAUUAAAGCCAACAAAAUUUUGUUCUUCCAACGAAGAAAUUACAUGGGAUGGACAGCUGGAGGACAAAACAUGUGCAGGAGAGACUCUUUACAAACGAGCUAUUGUUCGUGGAGAUGUGGUUGCUGUUGGUAGUUCUGUGCUGGUGGAAAUGGAUGACUCAGAUGGUGUUUCUCCUAUAUAUUUUGUGGAGUACAUGUUUGAGAAUUUAGAUGGGAGAAAAAUGGUCCACGGCAGACUGAUGCUGCGAGGAUUUCAGACAGUUCUUGGCAGCAGUGCUAAUGAGAGAGAGGUAUUUCUGACCAAUGACUGCAUGGUAUUUGAUCUGGGUGAUGUUAAACAAACAGUGAUCAUGGAAAUCCGGUUGAUACCUUGGGGUUAUCAGCAUCGGAAGGCUAAUGCAAACAAUGAUAAGAUUGACCGGGCAAGGGCAGAGGAGAGAAGAAGCAAAGGAUUGCCAUUGGAAUAUUAUUGUAGAAGCUUGUAUUGGCCAGAGAGAGGUGCUUUUUUUCGUCUCCCAACCAGUACCAUGGGCCUUGGAAGUGGGGUUUGUCAAUCUUGUAAAAUCAAGGAAACUCAGAAGGAGAAAGAAACCUUUAAAGUGAACAAGUCCAAGACAACCUUUACCCUCAAAGGUACUGAGUAUUCUGUUAAAGACUUUGUCUACCUCCACCCCCAUUAUUUUGCAGCUGAUGGCAAGGCCAUGGAUACCUCAAAGAGUAGGAAAAAUGCGGGGCCCAAACCUUUUGUUGUCUGCCAUUUACUGCAGAUCAAAUUAUCCAAGUCCUUCAAGCUGGCUGAUCCUGAAUCUACCAAGCUUAAAGUCAGGAGGUUUUUCAGACCAGAGGACAUUUCAGCAGAGAAGGCACACCUUUCUGAUAUUCGAGAGGUUUACUACAGUACACAAAUAGUUGUGGUACCUGUUAUGGCUAUAGAAGGAAAAUGCGAAGUUAGAAAGAAGCAUGAGCUUCCAGCUUUUAAUGCCCCUGCUGAAUUUCAGCAUAUUUUCUUCUGUCAAAGUCAAUAUGAUCCUGACACAAGAGCUAUUAAAAAGUUGCCAGCUCGUCUCAAGUUAAGCUCUUCGGAAAACAUGGACACUGAUGAAGCAGCAUGUAGGAAAAGAACAAGUGAAUGUAAAGGAGGAGAAUGUGAUAAAAGCCGCCUAGCCACUCUAGAUGUAUUUGCUGGUUGUGGUGGCUUAUCUGAAGGCUUACAGCAAGCUGGUGUUUCGCUGACCAAGUGGGCAAUUGAAUAUGAAGAGCCUGCAGGAGAAGCAUUUCACCUUAAUCAUCCAGAUGCGCUGAUGUUCAUCAAUGAUUGUAAUGUUAUCUUAAGAGCUAUUAUGUCAGCUUGUGGAGAUGCAGAUGACUGUGUUUCCACUUCUGAGGCCACUGAGUUAGCUGAAAAACUUGAUGAAAAGGACAUACGUAAUUUGCCUCGGCCUGGACAAGUGGAUUUCAUCAAUGGAGGGCCUCCUUGUCAGGGUUUCUCUGGAAUGAACAGGUUUAACCAGGGUAAGUGGAGUAAGAUGCAAUGUGAGAUGAUCUUAGCAUUUUUAUCCUUUGCUGAUUACUUUCGGCCAAGGUUUUUCCUCCUGGAGAACGUCAGAAACUUUGUAACGUUCAACAAAGGGCAAACAUUCCGGUUAACCCUAGCUUCACUCCUGGAAAUGGGUUAUCAGGUGAGAUUCGGAGUUCUAGAAGCUGGAGCUUAUGGAGUCCCCCAAUCUCGUCGACGAGCUUUCAUAUGGGCAGCAUCUCCUGAGGAGACACUCCCUGAGUGGCCUGAGCCAAUGCAUGUUUUUCCGGGCCCAGAACUUAAAAUCAAUAACUAUGCUGCUGUUCGCAGUACAGCAACUGGUGGGCCAUUCCGUGCAAUAACUGUCAGAGACGCGAUUGGGGAUCUCCCAAAUAUUGGCAAUGGGGCUUGUGAAACAACCAUGGAGUACCCAAGAGAAGCUUCAUCUUGGUACCAAAGGAAGUUUCGAGGAGAUAUGUCAAUCCUAACAGAUCAUAUCUCCAAGAAAAUGAACGAGCUGAAUCUCAUCCGAUGUAAAAAAAUUCCAAAACGACCAGGAGCUGAUUGGCACGCGAUCAAGAAUGGAAAGGUUCGUCUGUCCUCAGGGCGCAUAGCUAAACUUCUACCUUCUUGGCUGACAAACAAAGGCAAAAGGCAUAACCAGUGGAAAGGAGUACUUGGAAGGCUGGACUGGGAAGGACAUUUUCCAACCUCUAUUACAAACCCUCAACCAUUGGGUAAGGUUGGAAUGUGUUUUCACCCAGAUCAGGACAGGAUUCUUUCAGUUCGUGAAUGUGCUCGAACUCAAGGUUUCCCAGACUCUUAUAAAUUCUCUGGACAAAUGCACCACAAGCAUCGGCAGGUUGGAAAUGCUGUCCCUCCUCCUUUGGCAUUUGCGCUGGGGAGAAAACUCAAGGAAGCUGUAGAAAGGAAACAUUCAACACAGUCGGACUGAAUCACAUGUACCAAGGUUUCUGGAUACGGCCAUCACUACAAUCCCAGGCAAAGAAUAGACUGCCUCUCAUGGCCUCAUAGUAUUCCACCAGUAAAGAGUGCAAAAGGCCUACCCCUGAACCUGAAAAUCCUCAAAGGACCCGGAUUCGUAUGUUGAAAUUUAUCAGGUUAUAAGAGGAUGUUACUACAAAGCCCUUGAGACCAUGCCACCUAGUUAGUAUCUCCAAGCUCUCUGCCUGUAACGAACCCUAAAAAGUCCAAUCUAGUACAUCAGAAGGACCGGACUUUAGAGUACCAAAAUGACAAGAGUUAGAUGAUGCAAUUCAUUGGGCUAAAAGAGGUUUUCCCAAGCACUCAUAAAUUUCCAGGAAAAAAUCAUCACAAACACAGGCAGAUUGUAUACAUUGUGGAGGAAACUCAAGAAGAAACUGUUCAAACAAAACAUUAAACAUAGUGGGACUGACUGAAUCUUACACAUACGGAGGUUGCUGGGUUAGAUAUCUGGAUUUUGUUCUUUUGUCAAUCCAUUUUUUUAGGUGAUUAAUUUUAUUUUUUAUUUUUUAUUAUUUUUAUUUUUCAGUUUGAUUCAAGUAACAGUUGUCAAUACUAUUGAAGUUAAACAUGGGUUCCAUGUUUCUUAAUCAUAUGAAAAUAAAAUCUACAAUUUACUAAAUUAUGUGAGUA